GGCGGAGGGCGCGAGCGCGCGGCGCGCGGGCGGGAAGCGAGGAGGCGGGCGGGCGGGCGGGCGGGCCGGCGACGAGCGCGGAGAGAAAAGGCGCGAGCGGCCGAGAGGGCACGGGCCGGACACCUAGCUGCUGCCGCCGCCGCCGCCGCCGAGCCGCCCCUGUGCUUACUGAUUCACCUCCAGGGCCACCGCCAUGUCAAGCCGGGGUGGGAAGAAGAAGUCCACCAAAACCUCCCGGUCCGCCAAGGCGGGAGUCAUCUUCCCCGUGGGGCGGAUGCUGCGCUACAUCAAGAAAGGCCACCCCAAGUACAGGAUUGGAGUGGGGGCGCCCGUGUACAUGGCCGCCGUCCUGGAGUACCUGACAGCUGAGAUUCUGGAACUGGCGGGCAAUGCAGCAAGAGACAACAAGAAGGGACGGGUCACGCCCCGGCACAUCCUGCUGGCUGUGGCCAACGACGAGGAGCUGAAUCAGCUGCUAAAAGGAGUCACCAUAGCCAGCGGGGGAGUGUUACCAAACAUCCACCCGGAGUUGCUAGCAAAGAAACGAGGAUCCAAAGGGAAGUUGGAAGCCAUCAUCACGCCACCCCCAGCCAAAAAGGCCAAGUCUCCAUCCCAGAAGAAGCCCGUGUCUAAGAAAGCAGGAGGCAAGAAAGGGGCCCGGAAAUCCAAGGUACGUGAUUGGGCAGGGGUAUGUGGGUUGGGGCAGGGCAGGUGCAGGUCGGUGAGGUCAUGAGUGGCUCCCUCCUGCUGAGGGCUUAUCCAAGGACUAAGGAGGAACGUGUGGGAGCUGCUUGCAGAGAGGCUAGCCCAGCUCCAGUGGCCAGAAUCUGAGCGAAAAACUGGAUUCCUGCAGGCAAGGGGAAUGUGGGGAGGAGGCUGGGGCAGAUAGCCUCAGGCUGGAAGGACCCCAUUCCUGGCCUGCCAGGCAGAGGCUCACACCUCUGGGAAGGGACCUGGGUGGUGCAGGAGCUUUCCUGUGCUGGGGCGGCUGCCAUCGAGUCCUACCUGAGGGUGCUGGCUGCCUACUUGCCCCCGACACUCUCAGAACUCUCACUAUGUUGCCAUGCCUGCAUGUCCUUCUCUGAGCAUCUUUGAGGAAGGAUGGUUCAGGCAGUUAGCUCUUCAGAAUGGUUGCCUUGUUAAGGAAGAAAACAGAGGAAUUAUGCAGAUGCUCCUGCCAGACCCAGGUUGGACUGAGAUGAGGUCCCAGGUGCCGAUCUUUUUGUGGCAAGUGAAUCGCUCUUAGUAAUGUGACCUAAUGUCUUCGUGGGUGGGGCAGGCCGGCUAAUCCCCAGCCCCGAUCCUCAGGAGGUCUGGGCCUGCGGGUGGUCGCGCUCCCUUGUCUGAGCAUUGGUGGGAGGCCCCAGAGCAACUGGAACAGGUGUUAUGUGUUCCUGCCUCACUGGACCCAGCCUCUGAGCUCUUGUCACAGCUUCCAGGGCCAACCAGCCAGGGACCGGGCAGUGAGAGCUCCUCAUUAACAAAAUGGAAUCUUAAGCUGUCCUGCUCCCCCCUGGCCUGGGGCACCCCCUUAGGUGUGAUCCUUCUGGUCUUCAGCCAGACUAGGUGGAAAUUACCUCUGGCAGAAGGUGACCUGCCUAUUUUGUGAGACCCUCAGAAGUAGCUCCUUAGAGAUGCCUUGUGGGUCAGAUGCAGUGUCAGCACAUUCUUCCCACCAGAACCCAAAGCCUUUGCCCAGUUGAGGACACCUUGCCAGGCCAGGCUGCAGGAGCACUGCCCUUGCACCCGACUCCUGUCCACCCUCCCAGCAUGUCCCCCCACCCGGAGUCGGUCCACAAGCAGGCCUCCGGCCCCCCAACUUCCUAUCUACACUGUUGGCCGGCCUUUGGUAGUUGAGGUGGAAGAAGCUGUAGUUUUUGUACACACUGCUGGGUGUGAACAAAUGCUUCCCUGAAUACAACAAAAUCUGAAAUCGUCUUGCCCACAGGCCACCGCCCUGCCCCAACCCCCUAGCUGAGAAUCACUCCCAGCUCUCUGAGAGAGAACCCUGUAACUGAAGAGUGUCCUGGAAGUUCCUUCCAGCUACUUACACCCCACCUAGCUCACGAGUCCUAGGGGGAGGCUCACAGCCAGGCGGGGAUAUCGCGGAAUGCUCCCUUACUCAUUCCUGCCAAGUAUAAAAUUAGCAGAUUGAACUGUUUCUCUCUCUCCUUUCAACAUUUACAUUUGCGGGGAGGAGCAGGACAACAGGGAAAGCAGGGGGAAAGUGCCUGUGCGGGCCUUUCUGAAUGUUAAAAGAGAAGAUGAAGAUGCCAGGUCCAUCAUCUCUGGAUCACGGGCCCCAGGAAGCUGGCUGCCCACAGAGCAGGGCCCUUGGUGCUUGGCUUAGUGUUCCUCCAGCUGUGGCCCGAGCGUGGCCCUUGUUCAUGCAGACCCGCUGCUUAUUGACAUUGGAGCAGCCCCUCUGUGUGCCUCGGGCAAGCCUGGGCUGAACCCUGCUCCUGUCACCCCUGAUCUUCCCCUAGUAGUAAUUGUCUGACGGCUUUUUGGCCUUCCCACUUUACCAAACACUAGGAAUGCUGUUUCUUUCUUUUUGGACUGGAAAUGAAGGGGGUGUGUGUGUGUGUGUGUGUGUGUGUGUGUGUAGCUAUAUUUGGAACUCACUGUUUCUAAUAACCAUAUGCCAAUAAUGACUCAAACACUCAGCUUUCCCCUUGAUUACAAAAGCAGGAAGUCUGUUAUGGUGGUCUGUUUUUCUUCCACACAAUAAAACACAUUGUCUGCUUACUGUACCAGUAUUUGGCUAACAUUAAACCCUGGGGGAAGCUGAAAUUGGAACCGUGAACAGCUAAUUUUCAAAACAUUUGUUUAAUGUAAAUUGUUGUGUCAGCUCCCAGAAACAGCAGAGAACCUGCAUCUCCAGGUUUAAGUGGAAUGUUCUGAAAAUAACCUUUCCAGAGACAUGAGGAGAAAGCCUUACUAACAUGCUAAAGCACUCAGAGUGAAAGGGAGUUGGUAUUUUUCAAGUGUCAACACUUGAAUUCCAAAUCGUAAUUUUCCCCCCAAUUCGAUGUAAUUGGGAGGUUUUGAAAGUCUCCAGUUGUGACAGCUGAGUCAGCUAUCGUGGACCCAGAGAGAGGAGGCAGCAGAACCCACUGGGGCUGGGAGUCCGGGGCCCUGCUGGUGCCUUGGGGCUCCUCCUGCCUACUUGGGUGGCCUCAGGCAAGUCUGUGCCUCAGUUUACCCCCUCCCAUAAAAUGAUGGGGUCCAUUCCAGGCUCACAUUUCAAUGACUGAAUCUUUGCACCAUGUUCGUGCCUCAGUAAUGUGUGUAAGAGUGGGGAUGGUACAAAAGAGGAUGCUGUGAGAAUUCUCGGCACAGCACCCCCUGCCUCCCCAGAGCAGUCUCUCUGAUGAAUGUCUGUGCACCUUGCAGAAAGUCUAUGCGUGGAAAAGCAGAGAGAUCCGUAAAGCCCUCCUCGUCAUCCCUGCCUUUAGAUAUAAGCACAUAUAAACGAUGCUACCCACUGUUUUGGCAGUGUGGUACAGUGGUGAAGGGUUCCAGCUCACUUGGCUUUGUGACCUAAUUCUGCCAUUUCCUGGCCGCGUGACCUUAGCAAGUGAUUUCAUUUCUCUGGUAGCUCAGGCUCCUCAUCUGUGAAAUGGAGACAGAACACAGGGUGCUUGGGAGGCUUAGGAGAGAAGGCGCUUGAGUCCUGACGACAGAGCCUGGCACACACCUUCACUGCUGUUCUGACUCCCUUGUUCUGCCCCUCUCAGCAUAGAGCUGGCUCUUGAGAAUUCCGUGGUGUGGUUCUGGUGCCCUAGAGAGUAUGCAAAACCGUUUUACCCAGUUCUCUGCGAAUGAACUUGCGGUUGUUCUGAGCAUUCCGACCAGCGGUGCCACAGGAACCCUAACUGUAUGUGGGUGUCCGUGCUCAUGGAUCUGUAGGACAAAGUCCCCAACGGCAGCUUGCUGUGGCAGACAGAUUUCUGAGGGCUGUUGCUCACGUACAGAGCAUCUUAUCCCGUUCAGAGAUUUCAAACUGCCGCCUCCUUUUAACAGUUAACACCAAAGCUGUUGAAAGAAGAUGCCUGCAUUCAGUCAGUAGCCAUCGCAUCUGCAUGCGCUCCUCAUUCCUCUUGCUAGUGAGGGUACGGCAGUGAAGGCAGGCCCUUGCCCUCCGUGGGUGCUCGCUGAGCUUUGGGCUAGUGAGGGGCAGAGUCAUUACAGAAGGGGUGUGGGGGAAGCGGGUGCCGUGACAAAAACACAGCAGGGAUGCCGGAGGCAGCCUUACUUUACAGAGGCGGUCAGGUGAGGCUUUUCUGGUAAGGUGACACUGGAGGAGAGGCCUUGGAGAGUAAGGUGUCGGGCAUUCAAGUGACUGGUGGGAAAGCGCUCGUGACAGAGGACCAACCAGCCUGCCUUUCGCCUCCCAGAGAGAACCCGACAGGACUUGGAUGUGAGGUUCCCGACAUUUCUAUAACUCGCACACCUCUGGCAGUCGGAGAAGUCUCGGAACCCUUCUUAAGAUUAGCUUUUCAAAUGCAUAAAAUACUGAAGAUUCGAAGGAAGCCAUUUAUGCUUAAAUCAUCCAGAUUAAGACCCCUUGUCAGAAUAUUUACUGAGAGCCAUAGGAUAAUCUUUAGGGGGAUCUCCAAGAAGA